AUGAUGAUGAUGUUCCCUUAUCGCCGCCUCCAGUUCCCAAUAGCCUGCUCCCUGGCACUGCUCCUGCUGCUCAAUGGUCAAGUGGCGCUGGCCAACGACGACUUUGUAGUGGCAGGAUAUCUCCCGGAAUACAGAUCGUACAUCAAUGUCAACAAUACGGCGGCAGUCUUGACGGAUCUGAUCGUAUUCUCAUUGCAACCGGAUGAUCAAGGAAAUCUGGGACCUUGUUGUCUGGAGCCACAUCAUUUUGCGCAAGCCAGAGAAGCUCGGGCGUACAAGCAAGAACAGUUUCCAGAUGCAAAACCAUUAAAGCUGUGGAUGUCCAUUGGUGGCGCUGGUCGCAGUGCCUCAUUUCCAAAGAUUGUGGCGGAUCAGGCUCUCAGGGAAAAGUUCGUUCGGAAUAUCAAGGAAAAAUUGCUAAAGGAACAAUUCGAUGGCGUGGAUAUUGAUUGGGAGACACCACUAGGAAGUGAUGACGACCAAAACUUUGUCCAUCUAGCACGAGACCUGUACAAGGAAAUCAUUCACAAGUCUGGGUUACAGGUCAGCGUGGCGCUGCAUCCGUAUCACGUCUUUGAAAACCACAACUUUUACAGUCACAUUACACGCAUCAAUCUAAUGACAUACGACAUGGUCGAUGGCAGAGGUGGUCAUCAUGCCGAAAUGAAGGGUAUCACCGCUUCCGUCAUGCACUUGCUCAAAUACAAAUGCCCCGCCGACAAAAUUGUGCUGGGAAUUCCAGCGUAUGCCCGACACGGACGCAAUCCGGGGCAAGUCAAAACCUAUUCCGAAAUCGUGGAUGCCAUUCUCAAAACCAACCCUGACGCUGACUUGAAGUCUGUGGCACAACGAUCCGAAUUCAAGGGAUACCUCUACGACGGUCCAAAUGAUGUUCGGAGAAAGGUAGACAUGGCGGUGAAGGAUGGACAUGCUGGCAUAUUCUUUUGGGAAAUUGGACAAGAUAAGCAACAUGAGGAAUGGGCACCCAGUGGAAUCUUGCUAGAAGCGGCAGGGGAGCAGGUGGCCAGCAGUAUGGCUUCCAUGGAGUCGAGUGAACUGUAA